ACAGGAGAAGCCCUCAGAAUCUGAGAAACUCAUCUCUGAGCCGGAGUCCACCCUCCACCACUGACACAAUGACCCCCUCGUGCUGCUCCCCGCACUGUCAGCCCACUUGCUGCAGGACCACCUGCUGUGAGUCCAGCUGCUGCAAGCCCUGCUGCCCCCCCACUUGCUGUCAAACCACCUGCUGCAGGACCACCUGCUGCAAACCUACCUGUGUGAUCAGCUGCCCCCUGCCCACCUGUUGCAGCAAACCCUGCUGUCAGCCCACCUGCUGUGAGUCCAUCUGCUGCCAGCCCUCUUGCCCUCCAACUUGCUAUCAAACUAGUGAAACCACCUCCUGUAGAACCACAUGCCACAAGCCUACUUGUGUGACCACCUGCUGUCAGCCUACCUGCUGUGGGUCCAGCAGCUGCGGACAAACCUUCAGUGGGUCCAGCUGCGGCCAGCCUUGCUGCCAGUCGGUGUACUGUGCCCCUGUGUACUGCCACAGAAUCUGCUACCACCCCACGUGCUGCUGCCUGCCUGGGUGCCAAGCCCAGGAAUGUGGGUCCAGCUGCUGCCAGCCUUGCAGCCGCCCUGUGUGCUGUCAGACCACCUGCUGCCGCCCCAGCUGUGUGUCUACCUGCUGUCGGCCUUCCUGUUGCUGAUCACCUCACCAAAGCACCCCUGUCUCCUAGCAACACUUUAUAGCAACUGAGUUGCUACUUGGGGACAAAAAAUGAUUUCUUAGACUUUGCUGACAACUGGUAUGCUCUACCAGAAUUUGUUAACCCAUCUGCCUCUUUAAAAGCUUAUAAAUCAGCUUGAUAGAGUGCAGAGGGUUUCCCCCAGUUGUCUUUCUCUGGUGUAAGAGGAUCAUAUGCCAGGCAUCUUUGAUAAGGAAUUAUGUCUCGGUUUUGGUUCUGAAAAUAGGACUGACCAUGUUGUACUUCUAAGUAGCUUAGGAAAACAAGUCCUCAUAAUGUUUCAUUAGGUUUCUGCAGCUUAUCAUAAUUAACAUAAUCAUACGUUUCUCUAUCAAUAUUCCCAUGGCUCUUGUGACCUGCGUUUUCCUUUUAUGGUACCUUUGAAUUGUCUUCCUAGAGGCAGUAGUCUUGCCUGUGUGUUUCUCAAUAAAUUCUUUGCCAUAAUCUUCCUA